AUGCGUUACCACCUCACCUUGCCUGCCUUCUUGACAGUUGUGAGUGGUCUCGUUGGAGCAGUCCCAUCAAGUAUCUCGCACAAAAGAGGCGUCGACUUCAACUGGGGCAGCACGAAAGUUCGCGGCGUGAAUUUGGGAGGAUGGCUUGUUCUCGAACCAUUCAUCACGCCCUCCAUCUUCGAAUCUCAUAGUACUCCUGACUGGCCUGUCAUCGACGAAUGGACUCUCUGUGAGAAACUUGGACGUCAGGGCUGCUACGACGCGCUCAAGCCACACUGGGACACCUUUGUUUCUCUCCAAGACUUCGAAAAGAUCCGAGACUCUGGCUUCAAUGUGGUCCGCAUUCCUGUCGGUUAUUGGUCUUACGUCGAACCCUGGGGCCCUUACACUCAAGGUGCGGCGCCUUAUCUCGAUCAAGCUAUCACCUGGGCACGUGAGACUGGACUCAAAGUCAUCGUCGACCUGCACGGUGCCCCGAAGAGCCAGAAUGGAUUCGAUCAUAGCGGCCGGAAGCUGGAAAUUCCCGGAUGGGGCGAUGCGGACAGUCUAGCAUACACCCACCAGACGCUUCAGAUUCUGAACGAGAAGUACGCGAAGCCCGGUAUGCAAGAUGUCGUUGUUGCUAUUCAACCUGUCAACGAGCCUUUCUUGGUUAAGAUCCCGCAAGACACAGUCCGACAGUUCUACCGCGAUGCCUUCUACAACCUACGCGGGAUUAGCGAUACUCCGAUUGCCCUGCACGACGGCUUCUUCGAUCCGAGUUGGAUGAACGGCUUUCUCACGCCGCAAGACAACAACGCGCAAGGUGUCAUCGUUGAUCAUCAUCAGUAUCAGAUAUUCGAUACCGGGCUUGUCGCAAUGGGAUUGGAGCAACACCUGAGCAUGGCAUGCAGUGCUGUCGACUCUUAUGCUACGUCCGAUAAAUGGAUAAUCGUCGGCGAGUGGUCAGGAGCUUUCACCGACUGCGCUAAACACCUUAACGGCUUUGCAGCAGGCUCGCGCAUGGAAGGUAGUUACAGCGGCGCAUCCUACAUCGGCUCCUGUGACGGCAAAUCUGGACGAGUUGACUCGUGGUCUCAAGACUGGAAAGACAGUGUGCGCAAGUACAUCGAGGUCCAAUUGGAUGCCUUUGAAGCCCGUACACAAGGCUGGGUUUUCUGGAAUUUCAAGACCGAGGGCAGCGCAGGAGAAUGGGAUGUCUUCCAACUGCUCGAUGGUGGCGUCUUCCCGCAACCACUUGAAGAUCGCAAGUUUGGCAAGUACUGCACAAACUUCUAA